AUGCAGGACGUCCGUCGCAUCCUGAACAAAGCCACAGAGUCUGCCACCAAGAACCGAAAAUACAGCGGUGCCGCCAAACGCUAUCUCGAGUAUACCAAGAAGACACUUGGUCAGGUCAGCAAGAACAUGGAGAGAGUCACGACAGGACUAGAGAAGGAGAUCAACGACGCCGUGGAGAGCUCAAUCAACCUGGUACUUCCUGUAAAAACACAACCCAUGACGGUCUCGACUGACAUCCAUCACAGCUUANAGGCACAGAUCGAACAGCGCAACACCGACAUCGAGAAGGCCAACGAGUGCAAGAAGCGCCAAUUCCAGAACUACCAGCUCUACCACAAAGCGAUCAAGUCGAUGGAGGAGCUCAAGUCCGGAGAGGUUGACCAGCGUGUUGGAGCAAUUUACUGCGAUGGGCACGACUGGCUCACUGAGAGCAUCGCUCACUGGGAGGAAGAAAACAAGAAGGCUGAGGGUGAAAUUCGCAAGCUUGAGUGGCAGAUGAAGACUUGA